CUCUCUCUCUCUCUCUGUAGAGGAGGGGAAUCUGAGGGCGGUGGGUCGGGUGGUUCUGGUUCUGUCGGGUAAGGGUGGAGUGGGUAAGAGCACCAUCACUACAGAACUGGCACUCGCUCUACAGCACGCAGGAAAGAAGGUGGGGAUCCUGGACGUGGAUCUGUGUGGUCCCAGUAUCCCGCGGAUGCUGGGCGUGUCCCAGCAGGAGGUCCAUCAGUGUGACUCCGGGUGGGUCCCGGUGUACGCGGACCCCCAGCAGCGCCUCGCUCUGAUGUCCAUCGGCUUCCUGCUGGACGACCCCAGUGAGGCUGUGGUCUGGAGAGGACCCAAAAAGACUGCUCUGAUUGGUCAGUUUGUGCGUGAUGUGGCGUGGGGGGAGUUAGACGUGCUGCUGGUGGACACGCCCCCUGGAACAUCUGAUGAACACCUGGCCGUCCUGGAGAACCUCCGCAAACACAGAGUGGACGGAGCGGUGCUGGUGACCACACCACAGGCGGUGUCUAUAGGAGAUGUGAGGAGGGAGAUAACAUUCUGUAAGAAGACGGGAGUGAAGAUUCUGGGAAUCAUAGAGAACAUGAGCGGCUUCGUGUGUCCACACUGCUCCGAGUGCAGCAGUAUAUUCUCUAAGGGAGGAGGGGAGGAGCUGGCGAAGCUGACGGGUUCAGAGUUUUUAGGUUCUGUUCCGUUGGAUCCUCUGUUAGCAGAGAGUAUAGAGGAAGGUCGGGAUUUCCUGCAGGCGUUUCCAGAGAGCGCCACCUACAGUUCACUCAGAGCAAUAGCAGAGUCAGUACUGACCCGCCUACAGGACUGACGCCCCCCCACUGCAGAUACACCAAUCAGAGGCCAGCACUCAGGACUGAGACCGCCCCCCACUGCAGAUACACCAAUCAGAGGCCAGCACUCAGGACUGAGACCGCCCCCCACUGCAGAUACACCAAUCAGAGCCCUGCACUCAGGACUGAGACCGCCCCCACUGCAGAUUCACCAAUCAGAGCCCUGCACUCAGGACUGAGACCGCCCCCACUGCAGAUUCACCAAUCAGAGCCCUGCACUCAGGACUGAGACCGCCCCCACUGCAGAUUCACCAAUCAGAGCCCUGCACUCAGGACUGAGACCGCCCCCACUGCAGAUACACUAAUCAGAGCCCUGCACUCAGGACUGAGACCGCCCCCACUGCAGAUACACCAAUCAGAGCCCUGCACUCAGGACUGAGACCGCCCCCACUGCAGAUACACCAAUCAGAGCCCUGCACUCAGGACUGAGACUGCCCCCACUGCAGAUACACCAAUCAGAGGCCAGCACUCAGAACUGAGACCGCCCCCCACUGCAGAUACACCAAUCAGAGCCCUGCACUCAGGACUGAGACUGCCCCCACUGCAGAUACACCAAUCAGAGCCCUGCACUCAGGACUGAGACUGCCCCCACUGCAGAUACACCAAUCAGAGGCCAGCACUCAGAACUGAGACCGCCCCCCACUGCAGAUACACCAAUCAGAGCCCUGCACUCAGAACUGAGACUGCCCCCACUGCAGAUACACCAAUCAGAGGGCUGCGCUCCACACAACCUCUGACUGGGGUAAAGGUCAAAUUUUUAUAUUUGAAAUAUAUUCACAUUGAAUUUAAUACAUUUGAUAUAUUUAAUGGCAUAAUUCGUAAAAAAAAAAAAAAAAAAAUUCAACAGUCUUUUUUUUAUUUGAACGUGUGAGGUGAUGAAAUUUAAGCUUUUACAAUUUCCAAAUAAAAUAAAAUUAAAAAUUAGAUCCAUAUAUUUUAAUGUCUCUCAUCCAAAACUCAGAGGAGAAAUUCUCUGUUCCCGGGAAGAGUUAACUUUAAAAAUAAAUCAAAAGAAAAGAGAGGUAUUAAAUCAAUAGAGAAUCAAAAGAGUAACAUAAAUGAAAUAUUAAGAAAAAGCAUUAAUCAUUUUAUAAAUUUAGAUAUUUUCAAUUCAAAACUCAGAAAUAUAUAAAUAUAAAUUUAGGCCACAGAAAAGAAUUGAACUCAGAAUUUGACCAAUUAUAGCAGCAAUUAAACGAAUCUCUCAGCCAAUCACAGCUCUGCCUCAUUUAGGUUCAUAUCUGUUGCCUUAUUGAUCUUUAUAAAGCAGUGAAACUUUAAACUGUAAUUUAGAUUUAUUUUUUUCUAAAUUACUCUGUUAAAAAAAAAAAAUAUCUAAUUUAUAACCAAUGCCGUUAAAUUAAAAAUGUAUUGAAUGGCAUGUGAAUAUACAUAUGCAUACAGAGCACUGCUAACAACAUUAACCUUGUAUCUCCAGCACAGGAAACACUGAUGAUUAGGGAUGGCUGAUGUUAUUUACUUAUUUGUUUGAUUUAUUUCAUUUCUGGCUUUAAUUUGUAUUUAAAUGUGAAAUUAAAAUCACUGCUGAUCAUAUUUGUAAUAAAAUAAUUAUUAAAAAAUCCCCAGUGGGAACCAUACUG